GUUUUUUUCCCUCUUCAGUUGUCUCAGUUAAUCCCAAUAAACAUUUGAUGGUCCCGCUGUGGUCCACUGCAGCUCUGCGUCCGUCUACACUGUAGCUGCUCUGCCGUGUACCUCCUGCGCCUCUCGCCUUAUUAAAUCCAAGCGGAGACGGCUGACGGACCGCCGCCGUGCGUCUGGACUGUUUGAGGAUGUGAUUGUGCGAGAAUUUUCCUAUAUCUCCUGCGGUACAAAAACUGACGGCCACUCUUGCCACGGUCACCUUUAGCCCGCUGUAACUAAGGGCCGCGCGGGCUUGGUGUAGCAGUUCAGACCAUCAUGCCCAUUGCUCUGGCAGCGGGACAGGAAGUGUGUGUGUGAGCGCCCCCGGUUGGCUCUGCUGGGAUGAACAUGCCACUGCACCAAAUCUCUGUCAUCCCCCGUGAUGUCACCACCUCUCGGGUGUCAGGCAGUGGGAAGGCCAAGGACAAGGACAAGCAGAAUGAAAAGCCUCUGGGUCAUUCUGCCAGCCGGUCCAGCAAUAUUUCAAAGGCGGGGAGUCCGACCUCUGUAAAUGCCCCAUGCAGCUUCUCAAGGACGUCCGUCACCCCCUCCAACCAGGACAUCUGCAGCUGCCAGGAUCAGGACUCUCAGAAGCAGACCGCGGUAGUUCUGUUGAAUUCCAACGGUAAAAGCUGUCAAGUUUCCGGAAGCAUUUCGGUGACCACGCUGUGUCUGGACAGCGCGGCAGCCUCCAAACCCUCCAAACAGCGAGUCUCCUUUGGCACGGACUGGCUGUCUGUGCUCCGGCCCUCCUCAGUUAACCUCCGCCCCAACGGCUCCCUCAAGAUCUCCUGGUCUCUGAAUGAUGUGGGUCAGCGUGUGGACAGCCUGUGUAACGGUCUGCACUUCAUCGACCGCACCUGUUCAGAGGGCGAGCUGGGGGUGAAACCUGAGCCAGCCCAGCCGUCCAGCGCAGACCGACGGGCGCACACACUCAACGGCAAGCCCGCCGCAGCGCCGACGCACCUGCGCCCACACCCGGCUUUCUCAACACGAGCCAGCCCCCAUCUCAUCCCCUCCCUCACCAGCAACUACAAAUACAUGGCAGGCGCCCCUCCCAUCCAUGGCGUCUCAUCUGACCCUGCUGGUGUCCUUCCGCCUCCUCCUCCUCCUAACAUCAACCACCACCCGCAUCACUCCGCCAGUUCCAACUUCUUCCGCCUCUUCCUCCCCUUCUCCCACUCCUCCACCUCGGCGAGCCUGCAGUGCUCCGAGCUGGGCAGUUACGCCUCUCGCCUCCACAUCACUAAGUCCUCCAGCGCCCUGCUGGGAGGCAGCGAGCCGGGGUUCGCCCCUGAGGACCUCCUGGGAGAUGACGAUGUGUUUGAGGAGGAGCAGGAGAGGCCCAGUCCUGCUCCCAAGGGAGGGAGCUGGCUGGCAGACCCAGCUACAUGCACUGUGACAGGGUCAAGCUCCCUGCAAGCUCCCCUUUGCUAUAUGGAUGAGGACAGCGACCUGGACCGCUGCCCGUCCCCUGUGUCAGAGAAAACGGGGCCAAUCUCACCCUAUUCGCUGUCUGGGGACUGCUGCAGGAUUUGUCACUGUGAAGGGGAUGACGAGAGCCCUCUGAUCACACCAUGCCACUGCACGGGGAGCCUUCGCUUCGUCCACCAGGCCUGUCUGCAGCAGUGGAUCAAGAGCUCUGACACUCGCUGCUGCGAACUCUGCAAAUACGAGUUCAUCAUGGAGACCAAGCUCAAACCCCUGCGCAAGUGGGAGAAGCUACAAAUGACGGCAAGCGAGAGAAGGAAGAUCAUGUGUUCGGUCACCUUCCAUGUCAUUGCCAUAACCUGUGUGGUGUGGUCCCUCUAUGUACUCAUCGACAGGACGGCCGAGGAAAUCAAACAAGCCGGAAGAAUCCCAGGAAUCCUGGAAUGGCCUUUCUGGACCAAGCUGGUGGUGGUGGCCAUCGGCUUCACGGGGGGACUGGUGUUCAUGUACGUGCAGUGUAAAGUCUACAUCCAGCUAUGGAGGAGACUCAAGGCUUACAACCGGGUCAUAUAUGUCCAGAACCGGCCAGACACGUGUAAAAAACUGGUGCUGGAGAAGCCGCCGCUCAUGGAGCCGAGUCUGGACAACAAGGAGACUCUGGCCCCCACCCAGUCAGACACAAACUCCUCCCAGUAUACAGAGACAGAGGACUAUAGUAUGGAGGUGCUUCAUGUCUGACCCCACCUCGCUCCGAUCCACACCAUAGAUCCCCGUACAUAUACUACACACACACACACACACGCAUGCACACACACACAUACACACGCAUUAACAUACACAGGGACAUGUGCAGUUGAACAUUAGCAGUCAUGGAAAUGCUCUGUGACUGAGGAACGACAACCCAAGCCCUUUCCUCGGAUACCAGACUUGACCCAGUGUCCCACCUAGCCUGAAAUAUUCCCUAAACUUCCCUAUCGGACCGGUCUAUUCACCAAGACAGUCAACUACGACCACCUGUGGAGAUUUUGUGAGCAGGAAUCCAUCUGACUCCCAAUUCUGUGUCCGCGUUCCCACCUCCAGACCCUGAUUCCUCCCUCCACCUGCACCCUCGAUGCCCUCUCCUCUCCCGACCGUCCCAGGACCGGACUAUCUUUACUGACAAAAGAGGCCUGGAGCAUUCCACCCUACACACAAACACACACACACACACAUACACUUCUUGGAGAGCAGGACUGAGAUAAAUGGACUCACAAUUGGCUCCAGAGGUCUAAAUGUUUCUGUUGUGUGGUUUGUUUGCUUGUCGGCUUGUUCGUUUUGUUCGUUUUACCUCCUGUGAGUCGUGGGCUAAAACUACCAUGGAUCAGUAUGUAGCGCCGUGCAUCGGACCUCUGGAACAUUCCAGCUACUGCCAUCUCUGCUGCUGUGGUCUGGGAGUCCGCCCGCAUCCACCACCCAACAGCUCUGUCAGCCCAGCGCUGGUCUGGACCCGGCCAGACCUUGAUCUGAACAUGCAUCGAAGCACUUUCUUUUAGUUCCCACUAGUCCCCCCUCCCUCUAUCUCCUCUUCUUUUCUUUUAUAAUAAAUCAAGUCCUAGAUGUUGUACAUGGGGGAGAACAUGCUCAAACAAACUCAGAUUUGUUUGUUUUCCUGUUUUAUAUUUGACAUUGCUGUCCCUCAUGUGCACACGCAGACAGAUAAACACCCCUCCCUUGGAUGACAAAAAAGGAAUCAGGAAAAAAAAACGGAAACCUACUGAAAUAAUCAUUGCAGUUUGCAACAGAAAAGUCAGUACUAAACAUGACCUGUGAUUGCUAUAUUCUGUUUGGCUUGGGCUCACAGCUCUAAUGCAACAUUCAGAAAAUGGAAAAAUCCAGCUUCAUGACUUUAUUCCCCCCCACCAUGAACUUUCUGAAAGCUUUGAGAAUGUAAACUUUUUAAAAAUAAACAUUUUUUACUGGUCACAAGGAAAUUGCUAGAUAAUUUCCAUGUCAUGAGAUCAUAUUGAGACCUUCUGGACAUGAAAAGCAUCAAUCAUUUUUUUUCUAUCGAACGAAUGACACAGUACUUACAGUGUGAUAUUCCAUGUGCAGUUUAUAAUAUGUUAAUUUGUUUGCUUAAUCAUGGGAUAUGCCUUGAGAAAUACACAGCUGCCUAUUUAGUCUGUCCUCCCGUUGCUCCCUCAGGGGCUGCGUGCACCCAGAUCCUGAUGACUUCUUUCUGCAAGACCCGCUCACAGUGGAAUCCGCGCAGCUCUGAUAAACACACUGUGGGUUAUGGUUGUCCGCUCCGAAAUGAUAAACAGACACACUGCGCAAAAGAAGCUCGGGGCUACGUUUUACUGUGAUGCAGGUUAGGGCGAGCAGGUUCAGCACAUCUGUCUGGUUAUGUUGGCAUGCUUUGACAGCGUCUCCGGUGUGAGACAGGCAUCUGAUAUUAAGACUCAUAGCACGUGACAUGGCUUGCAUGUUUCAGUUGCGCAAAAGUCUCUGUUGCACUCUCAGACUAUGUCUCAUGGUAUUUAUGUUGCUAGUAUAUUAACAUUUUAAGUAUGGUCAGUGCAUAAUUUCAGCAUUUUUAUAUGUUUUACGUGGGAUUUCUGCAGUAGAUCAAAUGUAUUCAUUAAACAGGCCAAACUAUUUGUUUUCUUAUGUUUGCAAUAAAAGUAAUGCAAAGCAUGCAUAGGUUUGUUAUCUGUGGAAGAUCAUGCAUCAUUAGUGAGUGCUGCAGGUGCUGACUGGAUCGCCACCUACUGGUCAAAAGCUGAAGGUGCAGUCCGAGAUAGGGAGCAGUGGAUUUCUCAGGGCAGUGUGUUUUUUGGGCUUACAGUCUGUUGUAAGUGCUUUUGUGUAUGUGGGAGCACAGCAAUGCCAGGCUCAUGUUGAGCCUCACAGCCAUUCCAGCAACAUACAUUUAUAAAAAACAAACAAACAAAAAAAAAAAAACAAUAAAACUGUCUUUGAUACCAGUAUACUGUCCAUGAACAACAAGGGUCCAACAUACCCAAUGAUUACUGCUUGACAGCAGCAAUAAAUGAAAUCAGAGCUUUGUUCUGCAAAAUUUCAUAGCGUGUUUCUGUAAACGCCCCAUGGUGACUUGAGAUCUGGAGACUAAUAUAAUUUUACGACAUGAUGCGAGUCAAGGGAGUUGUUUUGUGUCGAGAAUCAAGUUGGAUUAAGACUUAAUAAUGAGGAGCUUCUCUGAAACUUCAAUACCCAUGAGGCUCUGUGCAAUUAGACAGAUAUAAAAGUGCAAUUACCCUUUUGUUGUUGUUCUAUUCUAUAGUCAUUUACUGGUGUUUAAUGUCCAGGGCAUCCUCUGGGUAUAUGAUGAUUAUUUCUUAAUUUUGUGUUGUAUUUAUUUUUAAAAGAAAAACGGAACACAAUUUGUUCAUUAAGAGACCCCUAUCAAUAGUAAUUUUAUGCAACUUACACUUCAGAUUUCUUCCCAGGCAUUAGUCGUUGUAAUUACUAGUCUCUCAUUCUUUGUUUUGCACUUUUUUAUUGUAGUAUUAUGAAAGACUGAUGAGUUAUUGAUGUGACCAUCCAUCUCUCUCCCUUUUUGAGUUUCUAGCCUAGUUUGUUGCUGUUGUGUGGACAUUUAGCCACUGCAACAAAUUCCAGUGUAAAGACAGCACGAAACAAGACGUAAGAGUUAAACGUGAGCGAUACAGUAAUUUUGUUGCGACAGAAGAUUAAAGAUCAAAUGUAGAUUCGUUUUUCUUAAUUCAUAGGAGCUGGCUCCUUUAAUGAACUCUAAGACGAGAGAGAAUUUUUGAUGGAGUCCCGAUGCCGGGAGACUUAAGGCCAUAAGGACACAAACGAGGACAGCAGCUUUGCCCUUCCUGUUUGCUUUUUUAGUGUUUCUUUCACCUGGUUGAUUUCUUUGUUUUUGUCGUCCUGCAGAGCAAAAGCAGUUCCUCCAUCCAUGCACUUGUAUAGUCACUUUCCCUGAGCUUUCUAGGCUUAGAUUUCUUUUUAAGUUAAAGUAAACAACAGUCAGAGCACCUCCUGGCUAUAACCGAUCAUUUAAAUCCUUCAUGUCUGGGAAAAGUGUGACUUGCAUAAAGCUACAGUUGUUUACUACUGACUGGACUUGAACAUAUAUGACUGUUCCCCUGUCUUAUAUCAUUCCACACGUUUGUCUGUGAAUUUACUUUGGAAUAGUAACUGUAAAGAAUUUGGUAAAAGUACUUAUGUUUUUAAAAAGAAAUAUUGAUGUGUUUUCGAUUUUAUUUCCCAUGUUUGAACAAAGUAUGUAGAAUUUAAAAAAAACAACCAAAUAAAAAUUAAGUAAACUUUUAA